AUGCCAGCAGGAAGAAACCACAAAAUGUUCGAGUGCAGACGAAUAUGCGCGAACCACGGUGUCAAGGCAGUGUGCAUUAUCGACGGAGAGCUAGUGUGCGUCUCCUUUGGAAAUACAAUAAAAAUAAUAAACGUAACAACUGUAGAUGUGCUGCUACAAUUUGCAGCCUCAACAAGCAGCAACAUCUACGGAUUGACAUUUCAAAGGAGGUCCCAGAAUGGUGGCACAUUAAUUGCCCAUGGGGUGCACAAAAUUUAUUGCUAUAUGCUAAAUAUUUCUUCAAAUGGUAAAACCUGUGCUUUAAAACUUGUUAAUAAGUAUUGCACCAACAAAUGGAUACUACGGGCAAAGUUUCUGCUUCCUACUUAUGAAAACACCGAUGAGACAUCCCACGAUGCGAAUGUGAAAGAAACUCGUACCAAAAGGGAUAAUCGCAAUGUGAUUCUUCUAUGCUUAAGCAAUGGAAGCAUUCUACUACUGCACAUUUACAGAGGGAUCAGCUCCCUCAAGUAUAAGUUCAAAGGAAUACACCUCCUAUACAGUGCAGACAUUUCCAUUGAUGAGAAAAAAAAAGUGUACAAGAUUGAGGUAGCUGGAGGAACCCCUUUCAACAAAAUAUUAUUAUGGAAUUUCAAAUUGAGAAAAAACAAAAAAACGGUAAAAUUUUUCCUUUCCAAAAAAAUCACUUCGUUGGAACAUGCUCAAGAAUUAGAGGGGCACAGAGGAAUAAUUUUUAAGGUCAAGUUUUUUGGAAAGCACAAAUAUGUUGGCUCUGUCUCGGAUGACAGAGAGGGACGCAUAUGGCGACGGAUGUGUGUAGAAGCGCAAAGGGAACACCCCGUUAUGAACACAAAAAACGGAAACGAAUUGAUCCAGCGCAACCUCGAUCGCUGCCACUCUCACCACCACGCUCAAUACCAAUGCGUUAGGGUACUAACUGGGCAUGACGCCCGCAUAUGGGACAUCGACAUGGGAGUGUUCAAUAAGCAGAUUUAUUUCAUGACAUGCAGCGAAGACUCCACUUGCAUUGUCUACAAAAAAGGAUAUCCCAAGAAUUACUUCCAAUUCGGGAACAAUAACGGAAGCACCGUCAGAUGUAUCUGCUUCCACGAACCAUUGGGGGUGAUCAUUUCGGGUAGUGACAAUGGCACCGUGCAUGUCAGGUCCCUGUCGUGGGGGAUAAGCAAAAAUGGUGCCACUACUGCUUCAAGUGGAGGCUCCCCAAAGGGGGAACAAAGUUUUGCUUUGAAUACCCCAAGUGUGUGUUCCAAAAGUGGGGACAAAAAUGGUCCCAUUAUUUCUUCAUGCGCAGAUUCCCCAAAGGGGGAACAGAAUGCUGCCCCUGCUUGUGCUUCUGCCUCCUCCACCACCAUUGAUGCUCCCCCCCACGGUGUAGAUGCCCAACCGGAGCCAAAGGAGUGCACUCACACGAGGACUGCGCAAUUAACGAAUGGCCACAGCAGCUGGAGGUGUGGUCAUUCCGAAAGGGACUGCAUUGAUGACAUCCACAUGGCUGAGUCGAAAAGGGUGAACCGCACCGACGAUGAAAGCAUUUCCAACGUUAGUCAUCGAGCGUGUACAAAGCAGAGUAACCCUUCCGACCAGUUACCAAACAACUCGGGCAAGCAGUACACACAUGCAAAGGACCUGGUGGCGCAAAACGACUCCAUCCAUUUUGUAGUCGACUACCUGGAGGAAAAACUGAGAAGGAGUAACGACUGGAUCAGAUCGGUAAGCCAUGUAAAUUUAUACGACAUAAUAAUCAGCACCAAUGCAGGACGCAUAUACAUCUUUAAAACGAAAGACGCGAAAGACACGAAAAACAUACAAGUGUUGUUAAUUUAUGAAGAGGAAAAAAAAAACUACCUGGUGACGUGCCUGGCUUUUCAUGGCUUGGAUUAUAUAUGCCUCGGAUUUAGCAACGGAUUCUGCUGCUUCAUUUUUUUAAAAAACGAAAAGGAUGCAACCGAGUUGAUAAAAUCCGGUGAACAGAAUAAGGAGCUAACUUAUUUUAAGUGCUUCGACCACCGAAUCAGUGAGAUGUGUUUGGUUCCCCUGGCAUCUGUGAAUUACGACAGGUUGAUUUCCCGUGCGGGGUAUGGCAAUGUAGAAGACGUUUUGCACGCCUGGGUGAAGAAGGAGGUGGAGGGGGGAGCCUCUGAUGGGAACUGCCGUAGAAACCGAUACAACAAUGGUGACCCCCGCGCAACGAGCAACUUCUACCAAAUUGUGUAUAACCACGAGGCGGGCCCACUCCAGCACAGGGGGGGCAACUCACACGACGCGCAGAGCGGAAGCGGAGUGGUACACAUCCGCACGUUACUCCUAGCGGUUUUUGACCACACGGGAGUUAUUCAAAUAUUCAGCGCAGAAAAAGGUGAACACAAAUUCGAGGCAGACAGAAUCGAGCAAAACAAGGCCCAAGUAAACGAAGUCGCCCAAACAUACAUCGAUGUGAAGAAUAACAAGUCGAAGAUCAUUUCAGUGACUUACCUUAUGAAACAAAGAAGAAAAAAAAUGGGUAUCAUAUUUUUCGUGGGCGAUGAAUAUGGGUGUAUCUUCGUUAUCUAUGUAAAGACACCCAUUGAGUACAAUUCACAAGAACUGUUUUACGACUUUCCUAAUUCCUUUAUCAAGUCGAAACAGAAAUUACGUGUUCAUAAUAACAGAAAAGUGUUUGACAUUAAGAUAAUCGAUCGGUUUGUCUACUCCUGUGGGCAGAAUGGGCACAUCGUUAAGUACCAGCUGUAUAAGGAUGGAAACGGGGUGUAUACCUUGUACCGGCUGUGCUUAAUUAAAGUUGGUUUUUAUACCUCCAUUUAUAAGUUGCUGCCCAUGUCCGUUGGCAGCCAUAAGGCAGUACAAGGGGGAUCCAAUCUGGGGCUGGAUGAACAAAUGUGUCACGUGGGUAAAGUGGGAGAAGUAGAACAGGAAUACCAUGGACACAUCACGCGAGGCGCUAACUCAAAACUGCAGAGAAGCAGUGCACCCACACACGGUGAGGAGGAAAACACACACAACAUGUUCAUUUGCUGCUUUAAGGAUAAACAAUUCGUUCUGUACGAUUUGCGAAACAAAGUGGAGUACCUGUCCGUCCAGUGCGGUGGUUUCAGACGCCCCCUCAGCAUCUUCACGAAAUUUUCUCCAAAUUUUAUGAAAGCAUUUUCCUUCUGUUUUUGCAAAGAGAAGAAUGUCCAUUUUAGCGUGAAAACAUUGUGCAGCACUCAGCAGAGGGCCACCUUCCCGUACGAACAAAUAUACAUCAACCCGGGGUUUCACUCCAAAAAUGUUUCCUGCGUACUGUGGGUAAGUAAAAGAUAUCUCUGCACAUGUUCGGAGGAUGGAACGAUAAAGAUUGUUCACGUGAAGAAGUGCUGUGCUGAAAAAUGGAAAAAGAAGUGUUUCUUAAACAGGGGAGAAAAUACCAAUUGGGGGAAUAACAUGGAUGGCAGGUCGAAAGGAGAGCUCGCCGCUCCCUCCAAGGAGGACAAACAGGAUGGUAGAAGAAUAUCUAGUAGGAUAAUUGACGGCACGGAAUUUUCACCCGAGAAGAAGCAUCACUCUCCCUUCACCCGUGCAUCCUUCAAAAGGAGCACACGGAAAAAUUCACCCUUCAGGCAAAACCAAAUUAGCCUUCUAAAUCACAGAAUGGACAUCAUCCAAAAUGUGUAUAACCACAGUGAGCCCAUAUUCUACAUGUGCUUCUUGGAGAGCCCCUUUCACCAUUUUAAAAAAUUAAAACUGCUAACCAGCGUUGGAGCAAAAAACUCGAUCAACAUUUUUUACCUAUAUAUGGAUGUUCAGAACACACCAAUAAUUUAUCAUGUAGAGAAAGUACGAGUGCACAAGUUCUCCAGCGAUUUGCGCUUCCUAUCUGUGCAGGGGAGGUUCCGUGUGUUACUCACUGAUGGGAAUAGACACCUCAUUAGGGUGGAUCUAUUUGUUGGCACAUCACUUGGACUUAUACUUCACUAUGCAGGCGACUAUGAAUUUGCGCAUUAUGAGAACAUCAUUUUUUCCAAAGUUAUGGAGCUGGCCCAUCUAGUAUGUUCAUACAAUUUGGGGAGCACCAUUCUGGCUUUAAGUUUAACGGACAUUUUUUUGAGUGAUUCCUUGGAAAACAAGUGCAAGGGGGAUGCACACAGUGGGUUACACGAUCGAAGAAGUGCCCCUCUACGAAGUUGCUUCUUUCAAAAAAGGGUUUCAUUUGGCAACUUUGCAGAGGUAGAAAAACGAAACUGUUCAUCUGAACAAUUUGGGGGGCACCUGCACAUGCGAAAUGAUAAUGACAAUGGCCGCCUUGAAGCUAAGGAGACGAAUGGGGGGAAAAAAGUAGAAAAAUGUGAAUGUCAAACAUUCCCUCCGAGUAAUAAAGUGGAAGAUGUACUCCAGCGAGUAAGCUGCGGCCAUCCGAACAGUCUGCAUAAGCCGACUGAGCACCUUCUCCUAAACAAACGGAAGGGGAAUAAGAUAUUCCGGGGAAGCAUAUUAUGCUGCGGAUUAAAUAACGGAGAGAUUCACUUCUACCAGUUUGGCAAGAAGCUAGUGCCCCUGAUGGAGAAGGUGCAGUUGCAUCAGAAUGGAAUAAACAAACUAUGCGUUAAGAGGAGGAAGGACACAUUAGAGGUAUUCACCUGCGGGGAUGAUCAGUCCUUAAAUGUCCUCACGGUGAAAAUUUCUCCUCCUUCCGAAUCUUUGCUAAAUGGAGAGCCUAACCACAUACACCUGUCAGUUGUAGGAAAAAGCAGUUUUACCAACGCGCAUUUGUCUUCCAUCAGAUCGUUGGCUCUGUUCUCCAAUUUCUUGGCAAGCGUCUCCUGGGAUCAGUACAUCUCCAUUUGGAAUGUGAGAAGGGACAAGAAUGAAAAUAUUUUUUUGAAGAGGGAAAAGAAAAUCAAAAUGGCUGUCUAUGAUGUUUCCUGCUUAAAUGUCUAUGUAAUUAAGAAAAAGGCAAUCCACAAAAUGGCAUCACCAAAUGGGGAACCUCCUCCCCAUCGUCUAUCAAUUGACAGAGUAAGGCAAGGGUCAGAACGUUUGCCUAUCCCUCCUCGAUCCUCUCGCACUACGGUGUAUUUAACCGUGGCUGGGUCGAAUGGAAGUUUGGAAUCCUUCUGCCUGAAUUCCGCGACAUAG